AUAUUCACCAUUCUCGAUCAGACUGUGACUUAAUCAUACAACCUCGAUUGAUCUCAGCAAAUAUCCAACUACCUCCCGUCCUCUUCGCCACCUCGAUUUCUAGAUUUCUAGCUAGACCCACCAGUGAUCUAGUGUAGGCAUAUGGCGAAGGUGUACCCGAACGUGGCCGUGCCUUCCCUGGCGCUUCCAGCGGCGGCGGCUGCGGUGGCCGGCGACGAGGAGCCGGUGACACUGACGGUGUGGCGCAAGUCGCUGCUGUUCAACUGCCGGGGGUUCACGGUGUUCGACGCCAGCGGUAACCUGGUGUACCGCGUGGACAGCUACGCGUCCGACUCCCGCGCGGAGGUGGUCCUCAUGGACGCCGCGGGCCGCCCCGUGCUGACCGUCCGCCGCAAGAAGAGGGCCAUCGGCCUCGUGGGCGGCGACCAGUGGCUGGUGUUCCCCGGCGAGGACACGCGCGCGCCGCCGCUCUACGCGGUGAAGCGUCGCGGCGCCGUCAUCGUCGGCGGCAGCGGCGGAAACAAGUCGAUGGCGCACGUCGCGGCGUGCGGCGGCGCCGUGGGAGGCGGGCGGUACGAGGUGGAGGGGUCGUACGCGCGGCGGUGCUGCGUGGUGUACGACGAGCGACGGCGCGCCGUGGCGGAGGUGCGGCCGAAGGAGGCGAUGGUGGGGACGGACGUGUUCCGGAUGGUGGUGCGGCCGGCGGCGGCGGGGAUGGACGUGUCGCUGGCCAUGGCCGUGGUGCUGGCGCUGGACGAGAUGUUCGGGAAGCCGUCCCUCCUCAGGAACUGGUCCUCCUAGCGCCUCGCUCACGAGCUCCCUGAAAUUGCCUCCUUUUUUUCCCCAUCGAUUUCCAACAUUGUUUGGGCCUGAGAGCAGAACCGCUCCUAUGUGCCCCUCUUCUCUCUCUUUUUUCCUUGAAAGUUCUCUUUGGUAUAUGAAGGUAUAUGUGCAUGGAAAUCCUUCUUGAUGUGUGUGGUUUUGAACCUUUUUAUGUAAAGCCACACUCUUUGUAAAGAUUAUCAAAGAGAGAUACAAGUUUUCUCUA